CCACCAAAGAAAUCUUGCAAUCCACCCCUCGAAAGAAAACCUCAAUCAACACCAGAAGCUCUCGAUCCCACCGAGGAAGAAGAGAGGAAUGGCGUCCGAGGAGGGAGUCGUGAUCGCCUGCCACACCAAGGCCGACUUCGACGCCCACAUGGCCAAGGCCAAGGAGGCCGGCAAGCUGGUGAUCAUUGACUUCACGGCCUCCUGGUGCGGCCCCUGCCGCUUCAUCGCGCCACUGUUCGUCGAGCACGCCAAGAAGUUCACCCAGGCUGUGUUCCUGAAGGUGGACGUGGACGAGCUGAAGGAAGUUGCCGCGGCCUACGAUGUCGAGGCGAUGCCGACCUUCCACUUCGUCAAGAACGGGGUGACGGUGGAGACCGUCGUCGGUGCCAGGAAGGAGAACCUCCUGGCCCAGAUCGAGAAGCACUGCGCCGCGGCCGUGCCUGCUGCGUAGAGAGGAUGGAGACCAGCACAGCACGUGGCGGUGGCGGUUGUCUUGUCGUUUUCAGUUUGGGCUUGUCAGCGCUGUGGCU